AUGGCACCCAAACAAGAAGACAUUGAAAAUGGAGAACGCCUCGUUUCCCGAAAAAAGUUGUACGGCAAGAGCUCGACACUUGAGACGGUAACAUCCACGGUUUCUUUGAAUGGAAGUGAGGAUGGCGACUUUUACGAUGAUGAUUACAACUACUACCAUGAUAAAGAAUGUCGUCAUCACAAGGAUGCCAUGACAAAUUCAUCAGAAGCGAUCUUGAUUGAUACCCAAAAGCCCGCUUGCUAUCGCAUCUGCGACCUGAAAUAUCGCGUCUCGACCAAACCCACCGAACCGUGGGGCCACAAACCACACCCAAUGCUCGGUGCAUCUUGCUUUUUAUUUGCCCUUCCCAUUCCAUUUUUGACGACUUGUUAUCCCUGUACGGCAGCCUUGUUUGGUUUGACGACACUCUCCAGUUUUUUGAGCGAUUAUUUAUACUCGGGCUUGGAUUCCUGGGCACAUGUCUUUGACAAGACGGUGGCCAUUUUGGUCUUUUCCUUUGCGUCAACGGUCGUAUAUUCGACCGCAGGAUUGUGGUGGACUCUCAGUUCCAGUCUGGCACUGGCCUGUUAUGUCAAGGGGAUGGAAGCUGUCAAACGAAAGGAUUAUCAUGGAUUUGUCUUUUGGCAUUCCAUGUGGCAUUUAGUGGGGGUGUCCUUGUUGGUGUUGGUCUUUGCACUACAUGGAACUCGAACGGAGUGUUUGGUGGCAUAA